AUGGCAACAUCCAAGGUAAGCUUGAAGUUUCUUAUAGAUAAAAAGGGCCACAAGGUUAUUUUUGCAGAAGCAGGAAAAGAUUUUGUUGAUUUCCUUCUAUACCUCCUCAAUCUCCCUUUAGGGACUGUUAUUAGGCUCUUAACAGAGCAAGACAUGGUGGGUUGCCUAGGGAACCUGUAUAAGAGCUUUAACGAACUCGAUGAAUCUUACAUAAGAACAAGCCAAAUCAGAGAAUCCAUUUUGAAGCCAACAGUUUCCAUCUCCCCCACUGAAAUACCUCUCUUAUUGUUAAGUGAUGAACUCCCUUCGAAACUAUACAGAUGUCAAUAUUGUAACAAAAAUGUGGCAAAGGAGCCAAAUGUGGCUUGUUCUAGUUGCAGCGCUAGAGGACAUGGCAGAUGGAACGUGCUUUCUAAUGAGAAGGGUUUUGUGAAGGGUGUGGUCACUUACAUGGUGAUGGACAAUCUGGAGGUGAGCCCUAUGUCUUCCAUAUCAAGCAUUACUUUGCUCAACCAGUUCAAGAUCCAGGAUUUAAGUGUACUUGAAGAAAGGGUGGUUGAUUUAGGCAUGGAUGAGGCUUUAAAGCUUCUCAAGGAACCUUUGCAGUCCAAUACAGUUCUUACAAGAGUCUUUCUUGGAACCAUGAAGAAAUUGGGAUGUUACAAAUGUGUUUUUGUUUUCUUUAAAGCUUGGAAUUAG